UUCACACGUCGCGCCAAGAAAACAAUACUAGUCACCAAGUGCCUGGCUCAUCCCGCGAUUUAUCGGGAUCCCAUUGAGCCAUUGUUCUGGAACUGCUACUGGACUCUAGUAAUGCCAGCGAAUGCCAGCACGUCUGGCCAGUUUAGGGUAAUUGGAACGUGAUUUAUGUGGGCCAACGGAGUGAAUAGUUCCUACACCGAGUGCCCUAGCUGGUCUCAGUCCCCAGCGGAACUCAGCCAAUGCCGGGUUGAUAAGCGCCGCGAGCGUGAUAAGGCCGGAAUUAAAAAGGCGCCAAGUCGUAAAUCGAGUGAGCAGAAAUAGAAACUGAAAUAGAAUUCGAAAUCAAAACGGCACUGGUGGCAUAUCAUAUUAAUUAGUAUAUGAUCAUUAAUCAAAGGCAUUAUUAAAAGUAUAAACAAAACGGCCAAAGAAGUGGAAAAACGAUGGCCAAGCGUGCGAGCUUAACACACGACAGCAAGUCGAUGGAACUGGAGCUGCCGCUGCUGGCGCCGCAGGAGCGGAGUCAGAGGAGCAGGAGCGGGACCAUUCCUUUGUGCAUCAUGCACGACUCCGGCAAACCGUCCCCCACCACCAGUCCCACCAUCCCGCCCAAACAGCAGGCAGCGACGCCCCAGUCGCCGGCAGCGGCGGCAGCGGUCAGCGGGCUGGAUCCUUCGGACGAUGAGGACGAGACAGACGUGAUCGGCGACCUGAUGGGCCACUACGGCAAGUGGCAGCUGCUGAUGACGGUGCUGCUGUCGCUCUUCCAGGUGCCCAAUACCUUCCACAUAUCCUCGUCCGUCUACCAGGCGGCCAACAAGGACUUUUGGUGCCAGCGACCGGCGCAAUUUCAGCACAUGUCCGUCGAUGUUUGGCGGAAUGUCAGCGGUUCCACGGACAACUGCCAGCGAUGGGAGGGCAUCGACUGGAGUCAGGUGAACAAUGAGACCGCGCUGCCAUCAGAAUGGAAGAAACCUUUAGAGGCCGAUAGAAAGCUGGUGGCCUGCGAGAAGUGGGAGUACGACACGAACGACAAUGUGGGCAACACCUGGACAUCGCAAUGGGAUCUGGUGUGCGAAAAGGAGCACCUGAAGAACGUGGCCGAGAUGUUCUUUCUGCUGGGCGUGGCAACAGGUGGCAUUAUCUCCGGCUAUUUAUCGGACAAGUUCGGCCGCAAGACAAUGCUCUUCAUAUCGGCCGUGCUGCAGACCAUAUUCGGCCUGUGGCUCUACAUCUGCAGCUCCUUUGAGCUCUAUCUCACACUUCGCGCUCUUCUCGGCCUGGUUUCGGUGUCGGUGACCUACUCCGGCCUGAUCCUGGCCAUCGAGUAUGUGGACGGCAAGUGGAGGACCAUCGCCGGGAUGUACAACCUGUUCCCACUGCCAAUCUCCUACAUGAUCAUAUCGGGUCUGGCCUACUUGACCCAGGACUACCAACGCCUGCAGCUGUGCAUCGGAAUUCCGGGGAUCUUUUUGUGCUUCCUCUGGUUUGUGGUGCCCGAAUCGCCGCGUUGGCUGCUGGUCAAGGGUCGCAUCGAUGAGGUGCGUCGCAUCAUCGAGGCGGCGGCCAAGUUCAAUGGUCGCCAGCUGCCCGCCGACUAUCAACUGACGCCGCCGACGCAGGAGAGCAGUUCGCAGGAUGUCACCUACCUGUUCCGCUCCAGCUACCUGCGACGCAUCUCCAUCUGCUUCUUCUGCAUCUGGUUCACCAUUAAUCUGGUCUACUACGGCAUCAUACUCAACAUGAGCUCCUUCGGCGGCAAUGUCUACUUGAAUUCGGCGCUAGCUGGCCUAGUCGAAGUACCCGCCAUCGCCGUGGCCAUGUACAUCAUCACCAAGGUGGGCAAGAAGUGGCUCUUCUGCGCCACUUUGAUCUGUGCCGGCGUCGCCUGCUGCUGUGCGGCGAUCACCGAGGGGCAUGCGGAUCUGCUCUGGCUGAAGAUCACAUUCCUGAUGAUGGGCAAGUUCACGAUCAGUGCGGGCAACACCAUAAUGCCGGUCUAUACGGCGGAACUCUACCCGACGCCCAUACGCAAUGUGGGCGUGGGUGCCUGCAACAUGGCCGCCGGCUUGGCCCUGAUCCUCACCCCCUAUCUAUCGCUACUGAACAAGAUCGAGGGCCACCUUUUGAUGACCCUGCUGACCGCCUGGAGCAUCUUUGGCGGCUUUGUGGUGCUCUUCCUGCCCGAGACCGCCGUGCGUUCAAAGCCAGAGAACCAGGGUGGCUCCAAUAACACCACCAAUAAUGCCAAUGCAAAUGCCAGUGCGGCCAAGCAGGUGUAAUGACUGCUAGCUGUUGCCAAAACCCAAAACCUGCUCAGCCCCCGAGGAACAAAGUAUUUUGGCUGGUCCAAAGUAUGCCGAUUAUAAGUCAGCGUAAUGCUUUCUGCUACCCCUACU